CAACCCACCAUGUGAGUCGCGCCGUGCAUCUCACAGUGUCGACUUUGCAGUGCGCCCGCUACGGCUACCGGCCCCGGUGGCUAGAAUGCCUUUUUUUUGCAGUAUUUUAGUUUGUCUCCUCCUCGUCAGCCUCGUCACGGAUUCUCAUCAAGCCGUAUGUAAAGGUUGUACAAAUCCCCACAAAUGUGACUGUGAUGGGAUCAAAGGAGAGUCUGGAGAUGUGGGAGAGACUGGUUUUCAAGGCCUCGAGGGUUCUCCAGGACCGCCUGGUCCAGACGGUCCUGCCGGGCCUAUUGGGCGCAAAGGAGAAAUGGGUGACAUUGGUGACCCCGGACAUCGAGGUUACAGGGGCGAUGAGGGGUUUAAAGGUCAAAGAGGUCCUGCAGGUUUACCGGGUUUUCCUGGUCCUGCAGGUUUACCGGGACCCAGAGGAUUAGAUGGUUGCAAUGGAACAGAUGGAAGACCGGGAGAGUAUGGGCCACCUGGAGUGAUUGGUCCUCGAGGUUUAUCUGGUAAAGAUGGUGCGCCGGGCAUGCGAGGUGAUCCUGGCGAGGGUGGAAGUAACAGUAAAGGCACUAAGGGUGACAGAGGUGAUAGCGGUUUCCAUGGAAAACAGGGUGAGCCAGGACAGCCUGGCCUCCCAGGGCCAAUGGGAUAUGCCGGAGAACCAGGAAUGCAGGGAAUUGCAGGAGAACCAGGCGCACCAGGUCCUAAAGGGGAUGUUGGCGACUUCAGAGAGGGCCUCCCAGGAAUGAAAGGAGAGGAUGGAGAUGACGGAGAGAGAGGCCCACCCGGACCGAUCGAGAAGCCUGAUGGCGCAGAGUUUACCAAUGUUCCAAGUCCACUGACCUUUAAAGGACCCAAAGGUCCGAAAGGACAGCGCGGUUCCAGUGGGAUUCCGGGCCGUCCAGGAAUUUUAGGAGAAAAAGGACCCCAGGGUUUAUUUGGAUACGCAGGACUCAGAGGUCUGAAAGGAGAGCAAGGAAUUGAAGGUCCACGAGGAAAACAAGGUCAUGAUGGUCUACCAGGACCCGGAGGUAUGAAAGGGGAGAAAGGCUCGCCAGGUUUAGCCGGAGCGGAUGGAAUAGACGGUCUGAAAGGAGAACCUGGCGAUGCGGGAACUGAUGGCAUCCCUGGACAGCAAGGUCCAGAAGGACCUCCCGGCAUUUACGACCCGUUCUUAGACAUCGAUGGUCAAGAAGGGAAUGAGGGGCCCCAAGGACCACUGGGUUCACCCGGUGAACCAGGACAAUACGGAAUUCCUGGACGUCCUGGACCAAUGGGGAUCAGAGGGCCUCCAGGUGAACCAGGACCCCCAGGUGUGGCCGGACAACGAGGGUUGAAAGGUCUAUCAAUUAAAGGAGAAAGGGGAAUUGACGGUUUACCUGGUGGUUCUGGCCCCAUCGGAGAACCAGGAGUACCAGGUUCAGAAGGGUUAUCUGGUGAAAGAGGACUUCCUGGUUUGACAAUAAUAGGACCUCCCGGAGAGGACGGUCGAGCUGGCUUGGAUGGAUUCAAAGGUCCUCGUGGAGAUCGAGGAGAUACAGGUUUUAAAGGUCCUAAAGGUGUGCCAGGUAUUGGAAUAAACAUUCGCGGACCACCCGGUGAGCCCGGAUUGCCUGGAUUUCCCGGUACGCCUGGUCAGCCAGGGAAAAAAGGACUGCCUGGAAUUGAUGGACUAAACGGUGUAAGAGGAGAAGAUUGCGGAGUGUGCCCACCAGGUUUACCCGGAUUGAAAGGAUUUCCAGGAGAUGAUGGUCGUAAUGGGGAACCAGGUAAUCCUGGAAUGCCUGGCCUUCCUGGACCCCGAGGUCUCAAAGGUGUUCCCGGAAAAGUUGGUAGACCUGGUGCUCGUGGAAUCGAUGGUAGACCUGGUAUUCCCGGUUUGCCUGGAGUGCAAGGCCCCAAAGGAGUGAAAGGAGAAAUAAUUGGAUCUUUAAGUCAAAUCAAAGCAGAACAAGGUCGUCCAGGUCCGGAAGGUCCGAAAGGUCAAAGAGGAUUAAGUGGAUUUCCUGGAAAAGAAGGGCCACCCGGCGCCACAGGAUUACCUGGUCGUAGGGGAGAGAAAGGUGUCCAUGGAGACCAAGGAAAUCCUGGCGUAGACGGAUUGCGAGCCCCUGAUGGUUUGCCAGGGUCAAAAGGAGACUCCGCCCCCGUCCCAAAGGAAUUUUUGCAAGGAGACCCAGGUGAUGCAGGACUGCCAGGAAUAAAAGGAGAGGAAGGCGAUAUGGGAGCCCCUGGGGAGCCAGGCGAAGCCAGUGAAUUUCAAGCAAAUUUCAAAGGAGAAAAAGGGCCAAAGGGAGAAAUAGGAGACAUAGGAUACACGGGAUACAAAGGGGCGAAAGGCGUCACCGGAGAUACAGGUGCUCCAGGGUUGCCAGGACCAGCAGGACCCCCCGGUUUCACAUUGCCAGGUGGACCUGGCUUGAAAGGCUUUGCUGGAGAGACAGGGGACCAAGGGCCAAGGGGAGACCCAGGCUCAACUGGUCAACCUGGACCUCCAGGACCUCCUGGGUCGCAAGGAUUGAAAGGAGAUCGAGGUGAUCCAGGUCAAAACCUGCUUGGAGGAGAUAUUGGUCCUACUGGUGUGAAAGGCGCCAAAGGAGAACCAGGAGCAGAAGGGCCAGAGGGUCUCAGAGGAUCACCCGGUUACCCAGGAGUGGGAGGCGUCAGAGGAGCCAAAGGUGCUCCCGGUUAUGCUGGUUUAAGUGGGGUUUUGGGUGUGAAAGGACCCAUCGGUGAUGUUCGAGUAGGACCUCCAGGAAGACCUGGAGCGCCAGGUUUACCUGGAUUGCCAGGAACUAUUGGAGCCAUUGGACCGACAGGAACUGAUGGUUACCCAGGCAGUCCAGGAACCAAAGGUCUUAAAGGAGAUCGUGGAAUUCUUGGUGCUCGAGGUCUUCUGGGUGAUCAAGGAUUGGCAGGACUUCCUGGGAGACAAGGAAGAUAUGGUUUGCCAGGAGCUCCUGGUCCAGAUGGUGAUGAAGGAGAAGACGGAGAUCCUGGUGUGAAGGGUGAACCAGGAAGGCCUGGGCUUCCAGGAGCAGCAGGUAAUAAAGGACCCAGGGGCGAUUACGGUCCUCCAGGUUCUGAAGGGCCGGAGGGAGCUGAAGGCCCAAAGGGUGAAACGGGUGAUGUUGGUUUCCAAGGUCCGUCAGGUCUACCAGGAGAUGCUAACUUCAGCGGACCUCAGGGUGACCCUGGAGAUGAAGGUCUCUCAGGCCCAAUUGGUUAUCCCGGUGCGCCAGGGAUGGAGGGCAAACCAGGGCCAUCCGGUGAUGAUGCUUUAUCAUUUGAUGGUGAGCCAGGACUAAGAGGAGAACCUGGAACUCCAGGAGUUCAUGGCCGCUGGGGAAUACCCGGUGGUAAGGGACUUCCGGGAGAUUUCGGUUUACCAGGUGUGAAAGGAUUCAUGGGAGAGAAGGGACCGAAAGGCUUUGCGGGAGAAGCAGGUAGAAGCGGAUUGAUUGGUCUAGACGGGAUGAGAGGACGAACAGGCCCACCUGGUCCACGUGGACCAAAUGGUGAAACAGGAAUGGAAGGAGAUCCUGGUGAAAUUGGAAGACCAGGUCCUCCUGGUGAUACAGGACACGUAGGUGCAAGCGGGCCUCCCGGACCAAUGGGCCCUAAAGGAACGCAGGGAGAAAGAGGCGUUCCGGGCUUCGCUCCCGCCGUGAAAGGAGAAAUUGGUGAGCCAGGGCAUGUUGGAUUAAAAGGGCAACCUGGCUUCCCUGGUCUUCCAGGACUUCCCGGCCUAAUUGGUCCUAAGGGCAUGAGAGGUGAUUAUGGGCUACAAGGAGAGGCAGGAGAGCCUGGACCUCCAGGUUCAAUUGGGCUCAUUGGAGAUAAUGGUCCUCCCGGAGAACCUGGAUUCCCGGGUAUUGGAGCUGAACGAGGAGAACCAGGGCGAGAUGGUAUGGAUGGGAGACCUGGACGACCUGGAAGACCAGGACAAAAAGGAGCGCCUGGAGAAUAUGGGCCAGAUGGGGACCCUGGUCCUCAAGGACCCAGAGGCUAUUCUCUUAAAGGCGUCAAAGGAAGACCAGGAGCUCCAGGUCCAUCGAUUCCAGGCCAGCCAGGUAUUCCGGGAGCCCCCGGUAUGGAUGGACGGAGGGGAAAUGUUGGUCCCAAGGGGUUGAGAGGAGAACCAGGAUUUUCACGAUUUAGUCCAAAAGGCGAACGAGGUGACGUUGGUCUCACAGGGCUUUUUGGACCACCAGGACCACAGGGUGAUCGAGGUGACACUGGCUAUCGGGGAGAAAACGGUAUUCAUGGCAAGAGAGGUGAACGUGGACCAUCUGGAGAAAUUGGUAGAGCUGGCCUUAUGGGAAUCCCAGGACGCAAGGGUGAAAAAGGUGAAAGAGGAGACAUACCAUCGAUACGCAAUCUAACUUUAAUUAUUGGACCUCGCGGUUUCCGCGGUGACACGGGAUCUGCAGGCUCACAAGGAGCUCCGGGAGCCCAAGGAUUACCGGGCAUUGAUGGUUUACCUGGUUUUGAUGGUGACAGAGGUUACCCAGGCCGCAAUGGACAGAUGGGCCUUAUCGGAGAGAAAGGAAUAGCUGGAGAUGAUGGAUUACCUGGAUUAACUGGUCUCCCAGGUUCAAGAGGUAGGGCAGGAGAGCCUGGUCUCCCGGCUCCAAGAGGACGGCCCCCUCCUAAUAGAGGUUUCUACUUCACGUAUCACUCCCAGACAGAUAUGAUACCAAAUUGUCCUAAGCACACCGUGAAAAUGUGGGACGGUUAUUCAUUGUUACAUUUCAUGGGCAAUGCCCGCGCUCAUGGUCAAGACUUAGGUGCUCCUGGCAGUUGCUUGCAGAAAUUCUCUGUCAUGCCAUUUUUGUUCUGUAAUUUGAACGAUGUGUGUGAUUAUGCGAGUAGAAGUGAUUACAGUUACUGGCUUAGUACACCAGAACCUAUGCCUAUGAUGAUGACUCCAAUACCAGCAUCUGAUGUUCAGAAAUACAUAUCACGAUGCGCUGUUUGCGAAGCUCCUACCAGAGUGAUAGCUAUUCACAGUCAAACGCAGACCAUUCCAAGCUGUCCAACCAAUUGGGAAGAGCUAUGGAUCGGUUUUAGUUUCAUUAUGCACACCGAUGCAAAUGCGGAGGGUGGUGGUCAGUCACUCGUUAGUCCUGGAUCUUGCUUAGAGGAAUUCCGAGCAACGCCAUUCAUCGAAUGUCAUGGACACGGGAACUGCAAUUCCUUCACGUCAGCAUUCUCCUACUGGUUGUCAACAAUAGAUGACCGCGAAAUGUUCAGAAAACCGUCACAGCAAACGCUAAAGGCUGAAGCUCUUAAAACAAGAAUUAGUCGAUGCACUGUGUGUAUCAGAAGAACAAUGUCAUCGCCAAAGAAAGUUGAAGCGUUUACAUCCUAUCGUGCCAAUAAUAGACGUUUCGGUUGAGUAACUUAUUUCAUGUUUUCUGAUAUAUUAUGUAAAUAAUGUUGAUGCAUCGUUUAUUUAAUUUCUAUUGAAAACGACCAUGUUGGUGGAUGGAACAUAGCACCAUGUUGACAUUAACAUGGUUUAAGCAUGUAACGAAUGCGAUACCAUGUUGAGAUCUGUAUGCCACCACGAUGAUGGGACCAACAGGGUAACGUCUAACAUAGGUACCUACUGAGUGCAUGGUGGUUUCUUAGAUCAGGUCGAUUUCAUGUUGCUAAUAUUUUAACAACAUUUUACGCCGACACGGCCCGGAACGAGUUGUGUUUGUGAUAAUAUGAUCUCAACACAUUACCCAGAUGUUCGUUUUUAGAGACCUAACUUUAAGUAAUUCUGUGAAUGUAAGUAUAUUUUCAGUGCUGAGUUCAAAGAUACGUAUGCCUAUGUCAAUAUACUGAGCAGUUGAUGACUUUAUGGAAAUAAUAUUGCCAGCAUUCCCACAAUUUUUGGCAUAAGUAUAUGCUUCAACAUGACUUCACCCUACUAGCAAUUUACGAGAGGCAAACUUAGAGAAAAUCAGUGUAAAAACACUCUUUAAAAAACGCGAUCUUUUAAAACAAUUAUUUAAAUUAAUAAUGUAAAAAGAAGAGUGAAAAAAUCAGUGUAUUAUUUUUAAUAGUUUUACUUAAAGAGUUUUCUGAGUGAUUUGUCCCUUUUUUAAACAAUUAUUAUAUUUAAAUUUGAUCGCUCGUAAAUUUUACGUAAAAUAAUCCCAUAAACGUGACCCCUGGUCCCACGUCAAUGUUCACGUGUCCCAAGCUAGUGACACGCGUAAAUGUUACUUAAGCUCACCAGACAAUGGACUUAUUGGCAAGAGGGUGCUCUCUAAAAAUGUUCGAAACAUUUUUCGUGCCCAUCUGUACAUGUGUAAAUAUUCUCGUGUAUAUAACUGUUCUCCAAUCGAGCCUUGUGGAUUUUUGAAAAUUAUUGAAACCCACAACAGUCUAGGCACGCACUGGAGGAAAAAAUCAGUCGCUGAAAACGCAACCGUGUUGAAAAGAUCAUGUUUGUACCAUGUUGAGAUCAUGUUGUUACCAACAUGGUCAGAGUUGGUACCAACAUAGUCCGAACGUGGUAUAAUGUCGGUGAGCGAAAUUGCACCUUGUUGACGCUAACGUGGUAUCAACAUUACAUUAACUUGAUACCAGCAUGAUACCAAGUUGGUCUCAACUUUGUCCCAUGUUCUUACCAUACCGGUAACUGUAUUGGACACUUUGACUAAAUUGAUAUCAUAUUGGGACCGUAUUCAUAACAAAAUUAAUGCACCACGGGGACCGCGUAAGAAUAUUUCAAAUUAGCAGGGCAAGUAUUUUACUCACAUGCUACACGUUAAUUAUUGUACCAUAAUGCUGUCAUGAUGGCGUCAACAUCAUCAAUAUUAUACCAUGUUUCACUCACCGACAUGAUCGUUUUUAACGGGUGAUUAUUGGAAAUCCAAGCCUUGUUCUUAUGACGUCCAUCCGCAAAAAGUCCAAGGAGUUUGUGAAAACAAAAAUAAUCAGCCCAAAUGGAGGCAGCAGCUUCGUACGCACCCCUUGGAAGUGCUUAGUUUGUAUUUUGCAAAACCUUUGCCAUUUUGUUACCAAUCAUGAUAUUGUACCAUAGUAGAAUUCUAUCAUUAAAAAAAUGCCAUGAUUCCUGUCACUCUUCAAUAAAGUAUGAUUAUAUAAUUCCCAAAACUAAGAA